UAAAAAAUCAGUGAAACAAACUGAAAGCAUGUUAAACCUAACCCUCGCCGCAUCAAAAACCCCUCACUCUCCUUGGAAUCUCUCUCUCGACUUCUCUCCAUCGUUCAAGGAACCCUAGACUCGUCUUCACUCCAAGGGCUCUUGUCGCACCAAGAUGGGUAUUUCUCGUGAUUCUAUGCAUAAGAGGCGUGCCACUGGUGGUAAGAAGAAGGCAUGGAGGAAGAAGCGAAAGUAUGAGCUCGGACGGCAACCUGCCAACACCAAGUUAUCCAGUGACAAGUCAAUCAGGAGGAUUCGAGUCCGUGGUGGUAAUGUUAAGUGGCGCGCUUUUAGGCUGGAUACUGGAAACUACUCUUGGGGUAGUGAGGCUGUGACUAGAAAAACCCGUAUUCUUGAUGUGGUCUACAAUGCAUCUAACAAUGAGCUUGUUCGUACUCAAACAUUGGUGAAGAGUGCCAUAGUUCAAGUUGAUGCAGCACCAUUUAAACAGUGGUAUCUCCAACAUUAUGGAGUGGAUAUUGGACGGAAGAAGAAGACCUUGGCAUCUGCUAAGAAGGACGAGGAAGGUGAUGCUGCCACUGAGGAGGUAAAGAAGAGUAACCAUGUCCAGCGCAAAAUAGAGAAACGUCAGCAGGACCGUAAGCUCGACCCACAUAUUGAAGAGCAAUUCGGCAGUGGUCGUUUGAUGGCAUGUAUAUCAUCAAGGCCGGGUCAAUGUGGCCGAGCAGAUGGAUAUAUCUUAGAGGGCAAGGAGCUUGAAUUCUAUAUGAAGAAGCUCCAAAGAAAGAAGGGAAAAGGUGCUGGUGCUGCUUAAAUUUUGUUAUCGAAAUGUUUUUGGCAUUUGUUUCUUGUCCGCUUUUCUUAUGAAGACGAUGAGCUGUUGCAGCUAUUUUGGAACUUCAAUUUUGCUGGUAAUAGUUUAAUUAAUUAUAUUACUUUUGACCUUUUCAUGAUAGCAACAGUUGGUUUAUUAUCUCGAGUUUUCAAGUUCAUUUU